UAUAAUAAUUACUUUAAUUUUAACGCAAAAACUAUAAAGUUAAUAGCACCUGAGUCUCAUAUACUAAAGGAAAAAGAUAUGGAUUUUGCACAAACAAGAAACCGCUGGAUUUCUUAGCGCAGUUGUUGGUGUUGUUUGCUUGCCAGCGGAAUCAUAAGUCGUAGUAUGAUUUGCCUCAUUUCUCGCAGACCUGUUGAAUUUGUUAAAUUAGAACAUUUGCACAAGUGGGCCUCGUAAAGCCUUUUAUAUCGGUGCGUGGAUUUACCAGCAGUAUAGGAUAUAUAUACUGCAUAAUAUAAUACUUCUUAAAUAAUUAAAACUGUAAGAAGUGGUUGCGAUAUUACGUCAAAAUGAAGCCAUCGAAAGGAAGGAAGGAACUUUGGUACAGCCUGAACGAGCUUUUGGGAGAAACGUACUGCCCAAGUUGUGGCAGGCAAAUGGACAGAUUCAAGAUGCCACUUGCACAUGCCAAGAGGUGUUUCAGUAUCAAGAAAGUGGGACCUAUAUACAGACUGCAUGGAUACGUGGAAUGUAAAUGUGGACUCCUAAUAGCUGACAAUACGAAGGCAAAAAAACUUCAUUUAUGUUUGGGAGAAGUGCCAGCGUUUGAACCUGACCUCACUUAUGUACACAAAAGACCCUUAUCACCAGAGCCACAGACGGAUGAGCAACCACCAAUAAAACCUGUAAAGUCCUUAGAACGAGAACUCCUGCAGCCAAAGCCAUGGAUCCGCAAUUUUGUGACACCUCUACAGUUGGCAAGUGUAAAGGCAAAUAUAAAGCCCAAACCGCCCCGUGUGCGGAAUUUCGAUAUGGCACUACCCACGCAGGAGCCGCAAGAUGUCUGGAUCUAUUCUAUUACACAUGGAAAUGAUGAGAAUUCGGAAGACGGCCUGUCGGAGUGGAUGCUACACACUGAGGAGGAGCCUGUUGUUCGGCUGAGAAAACGAAUGGCAAAGCUACCAAGAUCUGCAACUUCUGACAACUAGAACUGAUGCGACUGUUUUCUUAUUUUUUAAAAAAGUACCCAGGGUUUUUUUCUUAUGUACAUACACACAUAAAAUAUGAUUCAAAUAGCUGUUAAGUAUAAUUGAAGCCCUAUACACAAACAAUCAGUCAUGUUCCGAAUUCAAACAAAAUAAUCGUUUGUCGAAUAUACAUAAAUCUUAUUUCAA